AUGGUCUCGGCAAGGGACCAUCCCGAACACUUCAGCGAGUUGCUGAACUCGAGCAGCGAGGAAUGGCCGGCCCUUAAUUCGAGCCUGUUGGCUGGGAAUCCGCGGCAGUUUGGCUCACAAUAUGAGGGAUUCGAGAGCGCGGAUCGAAAGUAAGAGUUACCAUUACUCAUAGCACCUAGCAUUUAACACUCUCUAUAGCCGCUAGAGCUACAGAAAACGGGUUAAAAAUCAAAAAAUUUUUUCUAAAUCUUCGAAAUUUCCCUAUUUUUUCUCCAAAUUCUCGCAAGCCAUGGUAAAGUACGUGUUUGUCCUUCCCUUUCACCCCAAAUUAUCCCAAAUCCAAGCUAUUUUUAAUCGAAAAUCCAAGUGCCACUUCCAAGACAAAGAUAAUUCGUCACUUCCCAACCGGAACAACGGCAUUAUUUUUUUCGCUCUUUACUGACAUACUUCGUGUAUCCUAAUAGGCCAUAGGGGAUCAAAUUAGGCCCGGCUUGCAGACGUUACACAAUCUUGCAUUACUUUUUUGAUACUAUCGUAGGAAACGGCGAGCCAGAGUUUUUUUUUUUGGUUACCAAGAGGUUGCUUAUAGUUUGUGGUUUUGAAGGUAUGCAGUAAUAAUGACUUCCCCUUAAAGUAGAAGUAAUUUCGACUCGACUUCAGGCAAUUGCAAGUUGAUUUGACCUUAUUUUAGCGCACUUUUGGCCAAAAAUUUUCCAAAGCUUAAUAGAUCUCAUCAAUUCGUUUGAUAUGUCCAAGAAAAAACAAUACUUUUCGGUCAUCAGGGCUUGUAUCUUCCAAUUAAAAAAAUUGUCAUGCUGCGUUUUUCCAUUAGAACCUACACAAGCUCCCAAAAACACUGUUACUCAUAAUUUAUUCAAAUUUUUUCAGAUCGCCGCUGCAGCGCCGAGCAAAUGGUCCAAGUCGAAUGUCGGCUCAAGGUUUGUUGAGCGAGACUGUGAUUUUAUGUUGUUUUCUGUGUGCUCCUUCCAAAAAAACAAUUCUCCCGUUUUUGAGUGAACUUUGGAUGGAUGGGCACCGGUGAAGAGAAAAAAAGGCAAAAAAGAAGCUGUUUUGUCAUUGUUUUCGAAUCGCAAAAAGGUGGAUCGGGCAUGCGGAGAGGGCAGAGUGGAGGCCUCCUCCUUCAAGAGGGUGUUAAAUUCAUUAAGCCCUCAGGGCUUGAGGUUUAGUGGGGCCUCACAUUAUCAUCCAUAGGUCCGGAAAUAACGUGAUUUUCUAAAGCGGGCUUCCCUAAUUCCAGAAGUUCGGAUACGCAAAAUUUAGUCAUCAUGGACUAAAAUUUUGGUCUCACGAACUCCAUGAACCUUUCAGGUUGUUUUGACCGUAGUGGUUUUGAUUGUGGAACAUGAAGCAAAAUAGAGGAAUUAUUUUUAUAAUCCCUCACAUUUUUGAUUCAAAGUGCUUUAUUGGAAGAAUAAUUUAUAACAGACCUUGAGCCUAUUUGUUUUUCAUAAUCAACCUUGAAAACAUUCAUAGUUUUGGCGAACCGCAGCAAAUUUCGUACCUAUUCUUCUGGCCCAAAAACCCGCGUUCCUAAAAAUUUUUUGUUGCGAAGUAACGUUGAAAACAACGAUCACCCCACCGUGAAGCCGAUCCAUCCACCUUAUCAGAUCAAAAUCAGCGCCGGGAAUAACCGAAAACAGCUCUGGGUGUACACUUUUGUAUUUCUGUUGUAUCGCUCGUCCUUUUCUUGAACUUUUUGUUUUCUCGCCCCACCUUACCCAGGUUUUUACUCGUUAAAGGUCGGUUUAUCAGCCCUGAUAACUCCCUUAACUUUUUGGGGGCUGACAUAUUGGCGGGUUUUUAUCGUGUCGUGCUUAAACGUUUUUUGGCGAAUUUUUUUGGGGAAAACAGUUGGACUAGUGACGGGAAAAUGUUUUCGGCCAGGCCAUUGUAAAGUUUUCGAACUGAACGUGAAAGCGAAAAAGUUUCAGGUUUCGCGGAACGUAAAAAUAGUUUUAAGUGUUCCGAAAGAUGUAAUAGUCUAAUUAAAUUUCCCAAAUUUCCCUGAAAUUUGGUUGGCCACGCCUUUAAAACUAAGAAAACUAUGUUUUUUUCAACGCAAGACUAUAUUUUUACCUCUUGAAUACAACUUUUUUUAUUGUUAUAUUCGACUAAAUUACAACCUUUCAUUGCCAAAUUUCACAGUAUACAAAGUCCGAAUUGUAUGAUAACAUUUUGGCACUCAAUCCCCUCUAAUUAUCGGACUUCCCCUGCUGCUUUACAUAUGUUUCUAUAUUCGUUUCCUGCAACAUAACGCGUUUUUUUCGGAGCCAUAAUCUCAAAAAGGUUGGCUCAGUGAACCCUCGGAUUCCUUUACAACCGCAUUUCCGCUCGGUUUUUUGUAAACUACCAAUUCCAAAAAUGCUCGCGGCCAAAACAGGCAGGCAAAACGCAGCGUAGAAUAAAUCCGAGUGGGUGGUGGAAAGUGUACAUGCAAUUAGGGUCAAUUUAGAUCCCACCGGCUCGUCCUGAGAGGGUUGAUGUAAUCCUCAAAAAAUUUGUCUCGUUGUUAUACCGUAAUUGAAGGUACUAUGCGGCUUAUCGUGAUGAAUUGAGAAAUUCGUCUUGCGUGGACAAGGUUUUUCGUUAUUUACAUGGCCUGGGAAAUGGCAAUUUGCUUUUUGGAGUCACCCAAUUCCGGUUUACACUGUUCUGUGAGGAGUUUUUGAGCGCUUAAAGGUUGUGGAACCUACAAAUUUGGGUAAAAUACAAAUUUCACUCAGAACGAGAGGCCAAACAUUGGCCGGCCCAAAUAGCGGACUCUGAAGUGGUUCACGCGAGGUCAAAACAUUACUACGACCUAGAAAGUGAUCUAUAUUUUAUAGUAAUUCCAAUUACAGCGAUUGCUGCUUUCUCAUUACUACUCGAAAACAAUUUGUAAUCCAUUUAUGAGCAAUGUCAAUUACUGCCAAAACCCCUAGGUAAUACGCAACUGACAAUUGGCGGGUCAGAAUUUAUCUGUUUACAUCUUGCCUGACCGCAGAUGUAAGGAGAAACUACGAAAGGAUUAGCCGUUUGUACUAAAAUGCUACGAAUUACGGGGGGCCCAGACUAAAACUCUGUUUGCAUGUUUCAUUUUUAAUUUCCGUUUGUGCUUUUGCAUAUCGUGAUUCGUAUUUUAUACUUGUAAUAGUGAUUUCACUUUCAGUUGACUCGUUUUCCGAGUUAACCACCAUUACAAGUGUUGUUUCCGAGUUUGCAUUCACAAUUUUUUUCGUGGUUUUUGUUGAAUAACAGUAAUUGGUGCAAUUUGAAUAAAACCGGUUUCUUUUUCAGCUCCAACCCUGGCGGAGACACUGAGACAGACGUACGGCGCCCAGCCAGAGACCAUGGGCGUCCAACAACAGCAGGCCUUCAUGGCCCAACAACUGCAGCAACAAACUAACAACUCGGCCAAGAACCCCAAAUUGUACAAGACCGAGUUGUGCCGAUCGUGGAUGGAGAGUGGCCGAUGUAACUAUGGAGAGAGGUAAAUUUUGUGAACAUAUCCUUUCUUAUUUUUGGAACAAAAAAUCCUAAAACCCUUCGCGAUCAAAAAAGUAUAAAUGAACCGUUCAUACCCCAAUUUCACGCAUAUUCUUAUUACGUGCGCCAUUCAGAUGUCAAUAUGCCCACGGAGAAAACGAGAAACGACCAAUCCCCCGCCAUCCCAAGUACAAAACCGAAGCGUGCCAGUCCUAUCAUCAGUCCGGCUAUUGUCCCUAUGGUCCUCGCUGUCAUUUCAUCCACAACGAAGAGCCCCAUGUUCUAGCCCAACUUGUUGCCCAGAAUGCCGCAGCUGCCGCCGCAUCGAAGGCCCAACAACAACAGACUCUUCAGCAGGCCCGAAGCCAAGCCCAACUAAGCAACGCCUCCCCUCAACGACCAAACUCUCUGUUUGCCUUGAGUAGGACGAAUUCAGUGACGAGAACCGGUGGAAAUGUGAAUGCUAUCGCCACUGCUGCUGCCAUGGCCGCCGCCGCUUUCAGUCAACAACCGCAAUUGUUCAGCCGACAGUUCCAGAACCAGCUUCAGGUAAUUUCUGUCAAUUUUUGUUUAUCCCAACAGAAAUUUUGCAAAAAAUAUCUUUGAGACAAGAUAUAAAAUCCUGUUGCUUUUCAGAUGUUCAGCGAAGGUUCUGUUACACCAAAACCAGCCCAGAAGCAGCCUGAUGCCCUCGGAUCUACCGGUGAUUCCCCUAUUCCAUCCUCGAACGACUCUGGAACCGAAUCCCCACUUGGCUCCUUCUCGCCGGGAUUUGAAGCCGAAGACCCAUUCUACAACCGCAAAGAGGUCAAGUACAACCCUGUUGGAUGUUACCCUCAGAUGACUCAACAGACUCACGUUGAGUGGUCGUUGGCUCAAGAGUUCUCCGAACUUUCGCCUUAUGGUCCUAAGUCCUAUAAUCGCAUAGCGCCUCCACCAGGGCUCCAACAGCAGCGUCCUGACAUGGCCCCACUGAAUCUUCUUCCUUCAUCUUUGAGCAGCGAUGUUGAAAGCGGAUUCUUGUCGUCGGCUUCGUCAAUCGCGUCAAACAAGUCCACGUCGCCGUUGGCCGGAUCACCGCCAACUGGAACCACGCCGCUUGCGUCGGCCUGGUCUACAGGAACUACACCCACUCAAGCCGGACGAUUGCCGGUCUUCGAGCGCCUCUCCAAUGGACCGUAG